UGCUGCUGCCGGCGGCGGCUCCGGGAAAAUGUCCGAGCGCGGCGGCUUCUACCGGCAGGAGCUGAACAAGACGGUGUGGGAGGUGCCCCAGCGCUACCAGAACCUCACCCCCGUCGGCUCCGGCGCCUACGGCUCCGUCUGCUCAGCCGUCGAUGGAAGAAGUGGUACCAAAGUGGCCAUUAAGAAAUUGUACCGCCCGUUUCAGUCUGAACUCUUUGCCAAAAGAGCCUACCGAGAGCUGCGCCUCCUCAAACACAUGAAGCACGAAAACGUCAUUGGAAUAUUGGAUGUGUUCACACCAGAUGUAACACUGGAGAAGUUUAAUGACUUCUACCUUGUCAUGCCAUUUAUGGGAACAGACUUGAGUAAGAUAAUGAAGCAUGAGAAACUAACUGAAGACAGAAUCCAGUUCCUGGUAUAUCAGAUGUUGAAAGGUUUAAAGUAUAUACACUCAUCAGGCAUAAUUCACAGGGAUCUAAAGCCUGGAAACUUGGCAGUAAAUGAAGACUGUGAAUUGAAGAUUCUGGAUUUUGGAUUGGCAAGGCAUACAGACAGCGAGAUGACCGGUUACGUGGUUACAAGGUGGUACAGAGCCCCAGAGGUCAUACUUAACUGGAUGCAUUAUACGCAAACAGUUGACAUCUGGUCUGUGGGCUGUAUAAUGGCUGAGAUGAUAACAGGGAGGCCUCUGUUCAAAGGAAAUGAUCAUCUGGACCAACUCACAGAAAUAAUGAAAAUAACAGGUACACCAACUCAAGAUUUUGUUCAAAAACUGCACAGUCAAGAUGCAAAAAACUAUAUCAAAAGCCUCCCAAAAGUCCAGAAAAAAGAUUUUGCAUCCAUCUUGAAGUAUGCGAAUCCUUUGGCUGUAAACCUUUUGGAGAAGAUGCUGGUGCUGGAUGCAGAGAAGCGAGUCACAGCAGCUGAGGCUUUGAUGCAUCCUUACUUUGAACCAAUUCACGAUCCUGAGGAAGAAAUUGAAGCUGAGAAAUAUGAUGACACAUUUGAUAACAUGGAUCUUCCGCUAGAUGAGUGGAAGCGUAUUACAUAUAAAGAGAUACUGAACUUCAAGCCACCACAGACAUCGGAGUCAAAGGAGACAGCGGUGUAAUUGUAUGACUCGGUCUUUUCAGAACUCAGAAGAUAGCAGGAAAGUUGUAAAUGUUUGUGACUUUUCAGGCGUAUAAAACUUUUAUAAAUAAACUGGAUGUAAUCUGUUUCAUCUGCACUGUAAGAAAGAGCAAUGCUUUUACUCUGCAUGUGGAAGUUGGUGCCUUUGGGAGUAGCAUUUCAAAACUAUACAGAAACUUAUUCCUGCCUACAACUUCUUCCUUCUGCACGAAAGGAUUCAGACUGUGAUAACCUGGUGCCAUCCUCAAAAGAGCAGGUAGGACUAAUUCUUCAACUUGGAGAUCAGAAGAGUACAAGUUACCACCCCAAGCAAGCUGAGACACAGAGUAUGUCAGAGAUGUGCCAUAACUGCUCUCCAAGGCCACUGAACUGUCUUGAAUGCAAGAAGUAUUCAUGUGACUUCCUCUGGAGUAUUUCACCAUAGUAAGAUGCCUGGGGAGGCUCAUCAGCUUCUGCUGCCUCAGCUAGUGCAGCGGGUAGCGGAGACACAGCCCGAAGGAAUGCUUAUGUCCCCUGUCCUACAUGAGUGUAGGAGAACUGGAGCUUCAGCCAGUUCUGACAGAUGUGGGCAAGAAGCAGAGAAGUGUCGAUGUCCUAGAUUUUUUUCAAAGUAACCAGCAUAGCAGGACAAGAUUUCACAAACGCACUAGGUGAACAGUCACUGGAUAAACAAUCACUGUCAAGGGGUACAAUAUUUUCCUCUAAAUACAGUGUGGUCUCUUUGUAUAAUAGACUAGGGAUCAGGGAUUUCCAGGGAGAAAUUCUUAAGACUUUCUAAAAUUUUGUAAGCUCUCUAGCAUCUUAGUAUUGAAGUGAUCACUGAGAAAGUACAUCUUCUCAGAGGACGUACUGGUUAUAGAAUCAGCAGUGCUGAUUUUAGAAAUAAAGCUGCACAUGGGUCACAUUAUAGAAAAUAAAAUUAGGAUAAAAAUGCUAUGCUGCAGCUGUUCAUUGGGAAUACCUGCAGCAGGCUAUUUUGUUCACAGUGUACAGAGGUGUUGCCCAUUGCAGAAUAACAACCAUUCCUUUUUUUAACCUUUUGAGCUCAUCUUACUUGGAAAAACCCUCAGACCUUCUGUUGAGAGGUGCCUUACCAGAAGGAGUCACCUUCCUGGUGGGAUAGAUUGGUUAGACACUUCCUGAGUUCCUCUUACUGUCCUCUUACUGUAUUUUCCUAGGUCCUUAGUUUGUUAUAGACUCUCAGAGGUAGGAAAAAGAAAUUGGCAAACCUUUGGUGAAGAAUUUCUUUGUGAGAUUGCUUGUCCUUGUUAAAGGUAAUAUCUUUACAGUUGACUCUUUGGAUGUGGAUUAUUCCCAAUGCAAUAUGCUGUUGUAUGUUGCUACUAAGUGAAGCAGUUGUGAAGGAAGACAUUUGAUCUUUGCAGGUAAUAACUGGAAAAGAAGUAAGAAAUUACUUGGGGUUUUUUGCUUUAAUAACCAAUUUUAACCAGAAGUUUAAUCAAGGCACAGUUGUUCUGUUUCUUUAAAUGAAUGUUUAAGUUAAACACCUGUAAGUAUUAGCAUUUGUUUAAAAAUUGAUUGUGAUGAGCAUUGAUUAGCUGAGACGGGCACCUAGAGAGACUAAAUGGUAACAGAAACCUUGAAUUGUUGAUGUAUUUGACAAGUCAUUAAAAACUACAGUUUCAGCAUAAAAAAAAAAAGCAGAGAAUGUAAUUUGAAACAAAACAUUUUUCCACACUACAGGUCACUGAGGAAGGCACACUUAGGAGUCAUACCCCAUUUUGCACUAUUGACUUUCUGCUUGGACUACACUUUUACGUUAAAUAGGAACUUUAUUUUUUACGGAAUAGAUGUUUUCUCUUAGGAUCAUGCUCUGUGGUCCUCUUAAAAGUCAUGGGAGAAAAGUGCCUAUUGGAAUUAGUGGGCUUGAUAGAGCCAGUCAAUGGGAAAUGGAAAUGUCAAAAACGUCUUUGAAAAUGCUCCCUCUGUAUUUUAAAUGGAAUUUCAACAUCCUAAAUUCUAGCAAAUAUCUAAAAUCUUGAGAUAAUGCAGACGGCUCAAAUGUUAGUCAGACUUUGAGGGAGCAUUUUUUUUCAUUGAAAAACUGCUUUGCAUUUUCUUCAUAAAUGCCAACACUUCAAUGGGCAUUUUCUCUUCCCCCCAUCUUUAGCUGUAGUGAAGUCAAGCCCUGAAACCCUCCAUUGUCUGAGGUGAACUUUUCCCUUCUUAAUCUUAACUUAGUGUUGGAGAAGCAGCUAGCCCACAUGAGAAAGACAUAAGAAGAUAAUGUUAGUUUUUCUAGAUACUGGAGGAACACAGAAUGCUUAAAAUAACUGAAGAGAAGACCUUGAUGCAUGUGCCAGCAGACAGAAGUACUGCUCUGCUGUCUAGUCAGCAAACAGUCUGUAAGGUAAAAUAACAAACGUGGAAAGUUUGUCACAUCUUGGCAAGAUGUUUCUGCGAAGAGAUUGAAAUCUGCAGAAACAGCUCCAAACAGCCAUAGAGAUUAUUAGUAUAAAUAGCUCAUUAAAAGAAAUGCGAGGUGAAAGCAGAAAUAUUUUGCACGGGAGGCAGCUGCUGCUUCAAAGGGAGAGACAACAUUUCCUAAGUUUUUAUUUGCUAUUUCUACUGGUGCUAAGCAACUCAGGAAUAAGAACCCGAUUUCUGUUUGCCUUAAAGAGAAAUGUAAAUACGUUCUGCAUGUACUUGAAAUGUAUUGUGACAAAUAAAGGUUGGAGGUUUGUU